CACAACACGCACAAGUCCUUCCAUAUGAUUCCAAUCCAGUUAGGCAUCAUUACGGCAGCUAUGGUGCCCGUAAAUUCGUUGGGCCGAAGCUGAUUUGAAUAUAACGGUCUGCCUACCAUUUGAUCUUAACUGACAUGAAUAUGCUGACAAUUCUGAGGAAUCCCUUGAGAAGAUUUCAAAGAUCUUCUGGGUUUUAGCUAUUACUGAUAUACUAACUGACGGUCUGACUCACAUAUUCCUAUCAACCUCAAUAACAUGAGAAUAUACACCCGAGUAGUCAACUGAAGUAGUACAGGAAUUGCUUCUCAAGGUCGAGUUAGCACGAUAUGACAAGUUACGGCGUUUUUAAGGAGGUCAAAUUUGACUGCGUCCAGCGGAAACCAGUUGUGAUCCGGGUGGCACCUGUGCCCCUAUACAACAGCUUCGAUGUGUGGAAAUGUGUCGGCACUCCCCGUGAGGCGGUUUGGAGCUCGUGUGAGGAUUCUCAGCUGCGUAGGUAUAUUUACCUGAAUGGAUAGUCUAGCUUCGGCAGACGUAGAUCGUAACCACCGGGAGAUAUCG